AUGAAGUGCGAACAGGGUGGUUCGAGGUUUAGUUGGUUCGUGAGAGUUGGUUUUAUUCUAUCGGUGGUUACUUGUUCUUUUUUCGGGUGCACACUAGCUUCGACUUUUGAAAAUUCGACGUUCGUCGAGCGAUGUCGAGUGGAUUGCAGCGUGUACAAGGAUUUUACUACCUGUGGAAAGUACAGAGUCGUCAGGUGGCUCCAUGAUGUCGCGAGAGAGAAGGAGUUCAGUUACGGCGCCUUCCGCAUAGUGAGAAUUCCAUCCAUGCCGCGACAGACUGUCCUCCCCAAAUUUCCUCAGUCUCGAGUGUUCAAAAGCGGCGCGAUCGAGAUUUUAAACUUCGUCAGAGACGCUGUGGAGGAUAUUCUGACGAAAAGAGCUUUGGUUUACACCGUCGACAACUCUCUGUCCUCGAGAAGCUUCGGUAGCUCGCCUAUGAUCAUGGACGAGGACGAGUUCUCUCAGAUGCAGAGCAGAAAAGAGUCUGAAGGUGACUGGAGGAUCUUCAAGAAGAAGAAAUCCCUGAUCCUUCCGAUUCUGAUCCUUCUGAACCUUCUCAAGCUGAAGUUACUGCUUAUCCCAAUCUUCCUCGGUGUUCAUUUCAUCAAAAAACUGUUGGUACUUGGUUCCCUUGUUGCUCCGUCGAUAUUGUCGCAUCUGAAGAUCUGCAAGGUUGGACCGCCUCAUCCUCAACAAACCUAUCCCUAUCACACUUGGUCAACAGCCGCCGAAGCGCCUAUCGACUAUCCGACAGGAUACGGUCAGGAGGAUGCCUGGGCUCAUAGGAACGAUAUACAAAGCAAUAUUGCUUAUCUGGGUUACAAUGGAUUCCGUAACCCUUACGGAUGA